AUGUUCACUGCCAUGCUGAUGUACGCCUACCGUGACGAACGCCCUGGGAUCCGCGUAGCAUACAGGACGGACGGCCACCUCCUGAACCACCUGCGGAUGCACUUCCAGUCGCGUGAAUCCGCAACCACCGUCCACAAACUUUUGUUCACCGAUGACUGCGCCCUCAAUGCAACUACUGAAGGCGAUAUGCAAAGGAGCAUGGAUCUCUUCUCCGCUGCCUGCGAUAACUUCGGCCUGAUCAUAAACACAGAGAAGACGAUGGUCCUACACCAACCGCCCCCCGACGCUGCCUACGCCGCACCCCAAAUCAGCGUGAAUGAGUCGCCGAAUUUCCAGGCCAGUCGUCAACCGUUUGGUUACGCAACCUUGAAGGGUGACGGCCCAGGCUGA